AGGAGACUGCAGCCGUAGCGUGCGUAUCAACUUCGGCGCUGUUGGCGUAAGUACCCUCCCAUCUCAUCCCUUCCCUCCAUCAGAGCCACACUUUCUUGCGUGAUCAUAUGACGCAAUCCACCUAACAUUUAUAAAAAGUUCAUGCCGAAUCAUAAGGCGGUGUGGAGGGCAGUGAGAGAAGCAUUGCAGCCACGAGAGAUGGAUAUCUCUGCAGACACGUCGCCGUUUUCCUCGUAUAUGAAAGAAAUGCGCGAUUCCAAGUAUCGGAACGAAAUUUGGUUCCCUGCGGCACCCACAGACGUGAACGAGAUAAAGCGGGUUAAAAUCUUAAGCAACAUAUCUAACAUGCUUGACGUCGAAGAGAAAGCGCCGAUGACUGAAGCGACCUGGAUCGCAUAUCAUAUCUGGCCGCUCUUCGGAGUGUCGUUUGAUUCGGAGAUAACAGUAACGUUGGAUCAUUGCAGCUCCGGUCGCACGCGCAAACGACCAGAUCUAGUCUAUUCUUUCCAGGAUCGGGGUCAAACCCGCGUUCUGCUUAUCGCCGAGAUCAAGACGCCUUACGCGGCUCCAUCACAACGAAACAAAGAGUUGGCACGUUUGGUAAGGCGCGGCCUAGAGAGCCUGAAGCAGGACACCAUCUCAUUUGAUCACGGGGGCCACCUCCCCAACGGUGUUCUUGGCACGCUUUGAUGGCUUAGUUUGCACGAUUUUCGAGUUGACCCUUGGGAAAGGGAUAUUCCUCUGCCAUGAGAUUGGUGUUUUCUCCUUGGCUACGCAAGUGUCGGCGGAUCAGGAGACAACUGUUCUACGUGCGAUGUUGAUGGCCGAGAAGUUGAUUACGAAAG